UCUUCACAAUAUCUGUACCUCCAUCUACAACUGACAAUCACAUGCCUGCCAGCCUCUAGCCUUGUCUACCUCUGUGUUCACAAAGGUGAUGAGAGGCCAUUCCUACGCAAACAUGACAAGGAAUUCUAGCAGCAUCAAGCUAGACAACGCCACACUGGCCCUUUUCCAGGAUGUAAACACCAGCAUUGCCAUCUCUGUGAUCUACAUGCUCGUCACUGCCAUUAACCUGAUUGGCAACGGCCUGUCCAUGUGGCUCCUCGUCUUUCGUACCUCCCCCAAGACCCCUUCCAUCAUCUUCAUGAUUAAUCUUACCCUCACUGACUUGGCUCUUGGGACUGCCCUGCCCUUUCAGAUCUCCUACCAGCUCCAGGGAUAUAACUGGAAACUGGGGCCAAGCAUGUGCAGUCUCCUGACCCUGGUUUUCUACACCAAUAUGUACUGCUCCAUCCUUACAAUGAUGGCCAUCAGUAUUGACCGCUACCUGGGCAUCGUCAGGCCGAUGAUGUUCAGAGAGACCAGAGGGAGGAAGUCUAUCGCUGUCAUCGGCUGCCUACUGAUGUGGGGUUUGGUCCUGGCUGUUCUGUACCCACUGAUGACCACAGACCUGACCUUUGAUGUUCCUGAACUCGAGAUUACCACAUGCUUUGACAUGCUGAAGGCUAAUAUGCUUCCAUCCACUUCAGCCUGGGCGGCCUUCCUCUUCAGUAUGGUGUUUUUCCUCUUCCUCGUCCCCUUCUGUGUCACAACAUUCUGCUACGUCAGAGUCAUACGCAAACUGGCCAGGGAUUCCAAGACAGCCCAGAAAUCUAGAGCAAUACGACUGGCCUUCAUUGUCCUCCUGGUCUUCACGGUCUGCUUUGCCCCCAACAACAUCCUCCUGUUUGCUCACUCUGUGCUGAGACUCUUCUAUAAGAAGUCUCUCUACAUGGCCUACAAACUGUCUCUCUGUUUCAGCUGCCUGAAUAGCUGUCUCGAUCCGUUCAUUUAUUACUUUGCUUCCAAGGAUUUCAGACAAAAGGUGAGAGCGAUAAUGAAUCUGCAUAGCCUGAGUAGCGCAGACUCAAUGAAGCUGGAGCAUAAAGAGAGUUUGUACUCUGCACACUGAGCUUUCGAAGGUCAGGACAGAGAACACAGCAACAUCUUUGAUUCUAAAGCGACCACAUAAAGAGAGUGAGAAGGGGAGACAGUGAGAAAAGACUUGAGAAAGGAAGUGUGGAGGAGAAAGUGUUUGUUAAGAGUUGACUAAAAUGUGUCAACGUCUUGCAACAUCACUUAUUGUGUCCAAUUUUAAAAUCAUUUUACAUCAGAUUUUUUUUUACAACUGUAUAUGGACAGCAGCUAUGUCUCUUUUUUAGUUAUUCUUGUACAAUGUGGCCUUUUAAUGAAUGAGAAAAAAAACAACAACAUUUAAUCCCAGUAUAUUUUAAUGUCUUCGACAAGUCUCUUUUUUUUCAUUUCUACUUUUUUUUUGCAAAAUAUAUAGCAUUCACAAAUGUAAAUAAACUGU